ACUACAGACAAAAAGGGCGCGGGAAAUUUGGAAAUGGCGGAGUACAUAACCAGUGAGGAGGAGGCAAUGUCUCCCUCCUCCCUCAAGCUGUACGAGGCACAGUUCUUUGGUUUCACCCCUCAGACCUGCAUGGUGAGAGUAUACAGUGCCUUUCAGGACUGCCUGAAUGAAUUGCUGCUUGUCGUAGAAGCAGUGUUCGUGAGAAAACUAAGCGGGACUGAACCAAAUGGAGAGCAACUACGUUUAAGGGCAAGAGAAUGCACCCAAAAGUUGCAGAUAUUCCUUCAGGAACGCUUCAAGCGUCUGUCUGGUCGCAUGGAAACCGUUUUGGUCAACAACGUCCUCUCAGUCCCGCCUAAUGUGUUGCUGCCUGACGACCAGCCACACAAAAAGUACCCUCAACGUUUAGAGGAGGUUCUUAAGCUGGAGUCUUCCCUGGCGGAGCUGCAACAAGCGUACCAAGUGGAAGUGUGUGCCAGGCAGGCCUUGCUGGCUGAACUUGAGGAGCAAAGAGAGGUCCAAGAGCAGCUGGAUGGGAUCCUGAGAUGGAUUGGAGAACUACAGGCAGCAUGGAUGAAGGACGGAAUGGGCAGCUUUCACAACAGCUUCUGUGUGAUGAUGCAGUCGGUCAAGAAACUGCAGGCUGUCAUUGGAGAGAUCAAUAAGAAAAGCAAAAGACUGGAUGAGGACUCGUCAGUAGGAUGGACCCACAUGGUGUAAAAUACUUGUUAGUGGUGUUGUGAGAAGGGUAGGUUGCAGGUGUGGCAAAAUUCUGACUUGGAAUAGCGCCCUCUGUCAGACAUAAGACAAAUAGAAUUCUAUGCCUUUUGGAUGUAUUAACAAUUAUACAAUUUGUCAGACACAAGUCUUACAAACAAGAAUGUGAGCAGUUUUUAAACCAUAAUUCAUCUUUGGUUUGAUACAUUUACUUUUUGAUGGUUUUCUAUACAUUCAAAAUAUAUUAUCCACAAUUUGAGUAGUAAGAGGCUCAAGCAGUUAGUCUUUUUUUUUUUUAUCUCCCAGUCUUAACUCUGGAUCUUUGAAAAUAAUUUUUUAUAAAUGUAUGUUAAUUAGUGAAUGAACUUUGGAGCCAUAGUCACCACAAGGGGGAAGCAUUGGUUUGUUAUUGCCAUCUCAAAUGUAUAUUGACCAAGCAGUGCCAUUGUACAGUGUGAAUUAUUUUUGAUAUCUUUGCCGUAAUAUCUUUUUGGCAAAAUCAUUAUAAAUGUACAACACUUUAAUAAUUUUGAAUGAAUAAAAGUGUAAUUGUGCAAUCGCA